GUGUCUGCUUGGUUGGGUUUCUUCAACUUUGCAUGUGCCUUCUCAUAAUCUCCUUCAACCUGAAGACUUUCUAAUAAAUACCCAAAUUAAUCACCACUUUUUAUCAAGGGUUCUUGUUGCUUUCUAUUUUUCAUUUUACUUUUAAAGAAGGAUAGAGAAAACCCACAAGGAUUGUUCUUUGAGGAUGGUUGGAUAAAUAAGGCCUAGGUGGAUAUUGAGGAACAUAUUUUGAGAAGUAGUACCCAGCGUUGUAACAGUUGUACGUUGUUAGUUUGGAGAAAAAAGAGAUCUACCAAGAUUAAGAAAAAAUGGCACCAGAAAAUGAUUGGCUUUCAUUUUCAUUGUCUUCAAUGGAGAUGUUGAAUCCAUCGUCUCAGCCUGCUGAUUCCCAACAUUUCUACUCUUUUGCCGAUAAUUUUUAUGCAAACGAUUCAACUUUUNGCCAAAAAUCUGAAGCCAUGUACGCAGAAGCCGAAAACCAAGACCAGCUUAAAGAAGAACCAAACAGCUACUCCAUUCUCACCGGCUACAUGCAGCCGCCGCCCAAGCUGGAGGACUUUUUCGCGGUGGCCGGCGGCGGCGACUCGGUGGAGGCCCACGACGACUCGUCCCUGACUCACAUCUACGACCCGGUCCACCACGGCCAGGCUGCAGCCUACUACGAGCACCAGGACCUGAAGGCCUUUGCCGGAUUUCAAGCUUUUUCGGCCAACUCGGGCUCAGAGGUGGAUGACUCGGGGUUCGGGGGCCAGACUCAGUCGCCGGUUGAGUCGGGGACCGAGUUGGUGGCCUACCCUCAGACUCAGUGUACCGUUAACGUUAAUAUGAGUGCAAAUAAUGGUUUGACUCUUGGGGUGAAUAAUGACUUGGUCACUGAGAAUAAUUAUAAUAAUCGUAAUCUUAAUAACAACAACAAGAACACAACCAUUGUUUGUGCUGAUGAUGAAAACUCGCCGAGUUGCAAGAAAGUUGCUGAUACCUUUGGGCAAAGAACUUCCAUUUACAGAGGGGUAACUAGGCAUAGAUGGACAGGCAGAUAUGAAGCGCAUCUAUGGGAUAAUAGCUGUAGAAGGGAGGGCCAAGCAAGGAAAGGGCGUCAAGGUGGAUAUGACAAGGAAGAUAAGGCUGCAAGGGCGUACGAUUUGGCUGCGCUCAAAUACUGGGGUACAACUGCCACCACCAAUUUCCCGGUCUCGAAUUAUACCUCAGAGCUCGAGGAGAUGAAGCAUGUCACUAAGCAAGAAUUCAUAGCCUCACUCAGAAGGAAGAGUAGCGGUUUCUCAAGGGGGGCAUCGAUCUAUAGGGGUGUCACAAGGCAUCAUCAGCAAGGCCGUUGGCAAGCAAGGAUCGGCCGUGUUGCCGGUAACAAAGAUCUCUACCUCGGAACAUUUGCCACGGAAGAGGAAGCUGCGGAGGCUUACGACAUCGCCGCCAUAAAAUUCCGCGGCACAAACGCCGUCACAAAUUUCGAGAUGAGCCGUUACGACGUCGACGCGAUCACCCGGAGCCCACUUCCGAUUGGCGGCGGGUCGGCCAAGCGCCUCAAGCUCUCCCUCGACGGAAAACCGCCUCUCACCUCCGGCCAAAUUCCGGCAGGUGGCAGUGGCGGCACAAUCAGCUUUUCCGACGUGCAGUCUGGUGGACUUAUCCCGUGUGGAGUUCCGUUCGACUUGGCCGUACCCCCAUUCUAUCAGCAACAUAAUAACUACAUAUUCCACCAACUCGGGCUUGGUGGGCCCGACCCAGUUUCAGCUGGGCCUGGGAAUCAGAUGCAGGGGCCCGAGUUCUGCAUAUGGCCCCACCAGUCGUAUUAGGAAUGAGUUGACUUUUUACUAAUUCCUUUUGUUGACCGUAGUUUUUUUUUUUUCUUUUCUU